CUCUCUCUGCCAUUUUCCUUCGAUGAGGAAACAUCUAAGGAUGCCCUCUUGGCUCUCAGCCAAGAGAGGAGAUAAGGACUAUCUUGCUACAAGAUAGAUUCUGAAUGUAUGUAACCUUUUAAGCUGUCUGCCUUCUGGGAUCAUAUUGUGAACAGAACGUGAGUAAACUCUUUUAUACUUUUAUAAAGACUGUGUCGUGUCUUGUAUUUUAAGAGGGAACAAAAGGGAAAUUACCAGAGUAAUUAUUAUAGAGGUUCUAGCGAACCUGUGCACACGUUACCGUUGCGAACUUAAAGGGGAAUGUUUAUAAACUCUGCUGAUAUUUUGGGAACUUGUUAGCACAAGUUGGAUAAGGAUAUAAUUAGUCAAUAUAUCCUCUCCUGCACCCCAGAACAUUCCCACAUAAGUCUGGGCUUGGGCCAGGCAAAAGCUACGGUCAGGCAAAGAAUAUUAGACACCGAGAGAAAGCAGGACUGUGCAAGGUGCCCCGACUAUAGAAUUGGAGAAAUCGAGAGAGAUAUAGCCGCACCAGCAGCGUAUCUCUUCUUUCUUGUAUCUAGGGAUGCAAGAAGAGCCUUUACACUCGCCAGAAGCUCGGCUCUUCCCUCGCUGGUCCUGGAUGGAGCCUUUAGAAGGGUCCCGUAUGCUCAGAGAGUUUGCACCUGUCCACUGGGAGAGAUAGGAAGCCCAGAACACUUGUUCUUUGUUGUUGUUGUUUAGUCAUUUAGUCGUGUCUGACUCUUCGUGGCCCCAUGGACCAGAGCACUCCAGGCACUCCUGUCUUCCACUGCCUCCCGCAGUUUGGUCAGACUCAUGUUUGUAGUUUCGAGAACACUGUCCAACCACAAAAGUAUAUAUCUGUGGCUUAGGAGAAAAGGCGCAUUAAAAAUGCGUUGUUGUUGUUUAGUCGUGUCCGACUCUUCGUGACCCCAUGGACCAGAGCACGCCAGGCACUCCUGUCUUCCACUGCCUCCUGCAGGUUCAUCAAAUUCAUGUUGGUAGUUUCGAGAACACUGUCCAACCAUUUUGUCCUCUGUCGUCUCCUUCGCCUUGUGCCCUCAAUCUUUCCCAACAACAGGGUCUUUUCCAGGGAGUCUUCUCUUCUCAUGAGGUGGCCAAAGUAUUGGAGCCUCAGCUUCACGAUCUGUCCUUCCAAUGAGCACUCAGGGCUGAUUUCCUUAAGAAUGGAUGCAUUUGAUCUUCUUGCAGUCCAUGGGACUCUCAAGAGUCUCCUCCAGCACCAGAAUUCAAAAGCAUCAAUUCUUCGGCGAUCAGCCUUCUUUAUGGUCCAGCUCUCACUUCCAUACAUCACUACUGGGAAAACCAUAGCUUUAACUAUACAGACCUUUGUUGGCAAGGUGAUGUCUCUGCUUUUUAAGAUGCUGUCUAGGUUUACCAUCGCCUUUCUCCCAAGGAGCAGACGUCUUUUAAUUUCGUGACUGCUGUCACCAUCUGCAGUGAUCAUGGAGCCCAAGAAAGUAAAAUCUCUCACUGCCUCCAUUUCUUCCCCUUCUAUUUGCCAGGAGGUGAUGGGCCCAGUGGCCAUGAUCUUCGUUUUUUUGAUGUUGAGCUUCAGACCAUAUUUUGCACUCUCCUCUUUCACCCUCAUUAAAAGGUUAAUUCCUCUUCACUUUCUGCCAUCAGGGUUGUGUCAUCUGCAUAUUGUUGAUAUUUCUUCCGGCGAUCUUAAUUCCGGCUUGGGAUUCAUCCAGCCCAGCCUUUCGCAUGAUGAAUUCUGCAUAUAAGUUAAAUAAGCAGGGAGACAAUAUACAGCCUUGCCGUACUCCUUUCCCAAUUUUGAACCAAUCAGUUGUUCCAUAUCCAGUUCUAACUGUAGCUUCUUGUCCCACAUAGAGAUUUCUCAGGAGACAGAUGAGGUGAUCAGGCACUCCCAUUUCUUUAAGAACUUGCCAUAGUUUGCUGUGAUCGACACAGUCAAAGGCUUUUGCAUAGUCAAUGAAGCAGAGGUAGAUGUAUUUCUGGAACUCUCUAGCUUUCUCCAUAAUCCAGCGCAUGUUUGCAAUUUGGUCUCUGGUUCCUCUGCCCCUUCGAAAUCCAGCUUGCACUUCUGGGAGUUCUCGGUCCACAUACUGCUUAAGCCUGCCUUGUAGAAUUUUAAGCAUAACCUUGCUAGCGUGUGAAAUGAGUGCAAUUGUGCAGUAGUUGGAGCAUUCUUUGGCACUGUCCUUCUUUGGGAUUGGGAUGUAGACUGAUCUUCUCCAAUCCUCUGGCCACUGCUGAGUUUUCCAAAUUUGCUGGCAUAUUGAAUGUAGCACCUUAACAGCAUCAUCUUUUAAAAUUUUAAAUAGUUCAGCUGGAAUAUCAUCACUUCCACUGGCCUUGUUAUUAGCAGUGCUUUCUAAGGCCCAUUUGACUUCACUCUCCAGGAUAUCUGGCUCAAGGUCAGCAACCACACUACCUGGGGUAUACGAGACAUCCAUUUCUUUCUGGUAUAGUUCCUCUGUGUAUUCUUGCCACCUCUUCUUGAUGUCUUCUGCUUCUGUUAGGUCCUUUCCACUUUUGUCUUUUAUUAUGGUAAUCUUUGUACAAAAUGUUCCUUUCAUAUCUCCAAUUUUCUUGAACAGAUCUCUGGUUUUUCCCAUUCUAUUGUUUUCCUCUAUUUCUUUACAUUGCUCGUUUAAGAAGGCCUUCUUGUCUCUCCUUGCUAUUUUUUUUGGAAAUCUGCAUUCAAUUUCCUGUAUCUUUCACUAUCUCCCUCGCAUUUUGCUUGCCUUCUCUCCCCCGCUAUUUGUAAGGCCUCGUUGGACAGUCACUUUGCUUUCUUGCAUUUCCUUUUCAUUGGGAUGGUUUUAGUUGCUGCCUCCUGUAUAAUGUUACGAGCCUCCAUCCUUAGUUCUUCAGGCACUCUGUCCAGCAAAUCUAAAUCCUUAAACCUGUUCCUCACUUCCACUGUGUAUUCAUAAGGGAUUUGACUUAGAUUGUAUCUUACCGGCCCAGUGGUUUUUCCUACUUUCUUCAGUUUAAGCUUGAAUUUUGCUAUAAGAAGCUAAUGAUCUGAGCCACAGUCAGCUCCAGGUCUUGUUUUUGCUGACUGUAUAGAGCUUCUCCAUCUUUGGCUGCAGAGAAUAUAAUCAAUCUGAUUUCGAUGCUGCCCAUCUGGUGAUGUCCAUGUGUAGAGUCGUCUCUUGUGUUGUUGGAAAAGAGUGUUUGUGAUGACCAGCUUCUUCUCUUGACAGAACUCUAUUAGCCUUUGCCCUGCUUCGUUUUGAACUCCAAGGCCAAACUUGCCAGUUGUUCCUUUUAUCUCUUGACUCCCUACUUUAGCAUUCCAAUCCCCUAUAAUGAGAAGAACAUCCUUCUUUGGUGUCAUUUCUAUAAGGUGUUGUAGGUCUUCAUAGAACUGGUCAAUUUCAGUUUCUUCAGCACCAGUGGUUGGUGCAUAAACUUGGAUUACUGUGAUGUUAAAAGGUCUGCCUUGGAUUCGUAUCGAGAUCAUUCUAUCAUUUUUGAGAUUGCAUCCCAGUACAGCUUUUGCCACUCUUUUGUUGACUAUGAGGGCCACUCCAUUUCAUUUACAGGAUUCUUGCCCACAGUAGUAGAUAUGAUGGUCAUCCGAACUGAAUUUGCCCAUUUCUGUCCAUUUUAGUUCACUGAUGCCCAGGAUGUCAAUAUUUAUUCUUGCCAUCUCAUUUUUGACCACAUCCAACUUACCCAGGUUCAUGGUUCUUACAUUCCAGGUUCCUAUGCAAUAUUUUUCUUUUCUUUACAGCAUUGGACUUUCCUUUCGCUUCCAGGCAUAUCCGCAACUGAGCGUCCUUUCGGCUUUGGCCCAGCCGCUUCAUCAGCUCUGAAUCUACUUGUACUUGUCCUCUGCUCUUCCUCAGUAGCAUGUUGGACGCCUUCCAACCUGAGGGGCUCAUCUUCCAGCGUCAUAACUUUUAUAUGCCUGUUGUCUUUGUCCAUGGAGUUUUCUUGGCAGGAAUACUGGAGUGGCUUGCCGGUUCCUGCUCCAGGUGGAUCAUGUUUGGUCAAAACUCUCCACUAUGACCUGUCCAUCUUGGGUGGCCCUGCACGGCAUAGCUCAUAGCUUCUCUGAGUUAUUCAAGCCCCUUCGCCAUGGCAAGGCAGUGAUCCAUGAAGGGGACUUGUUCUUUAGAUGUCCCUUUUAUGAAGAGGCACGUAGUAAGAUCAUGGAUCCCCUACUGGUGAGGUUCACCGACCUCCCGCAAAAACAAAAAUUUGACCUUUUGCUGUUAGGCAAAGAGCAGAAGAUGACCUGGAUGGUCGCCAGAUUCUGUGUACAGAUCUGUAGGCGCAGACCAUCGCCCAACUCAAAAUAGUCCGGCAUGAAAAGCCCUGACUCUGAGUCAACUCCCUGGGAUAGUUUAUUGUUGUACAUUUGUAGUGAAGUUAAGGAUUUCAAACUUUGGUCAAGAAAGGAGCAGAGUAUGGUGGGUAAUCAAAAAGCCACAAGAGUUAUGGGAAAGAGGUCUGUUGCUUUAACCCUACAGACCGACAGUCUCCAAAUGUGUAAAUUGUUAUCUUAGGAAGGAAGUUCUCUAGUUUGAUUUGGGGGCUUGACACCUGGGGCUCCAGCUAUUCACACCCACCUAGUCUUGUUAUCAGUCUUUUAAUUACCUGGGAAUGUGCAUCUGUGAAACAUCUGAGGAAAGGGGUGAGCCCUUUGAUCCAGGUUCUGGGAACUUAAUGAGCUCAGCUGUCACAAGUUAAAAUUAUUAGCCCAUAAGCUGCUCAUUGGUGAAUUUGAAUGUAAUCAAGAAUUGUGAUUGGGUCUGGGUUCUGGUUCCACGUGAGAUUUGUGAGUAAAGAUCCUAAAAAUGGCUGAAAAAGCGCGCUCUGCAACCUGCGAUUCGCCUGGCUGUUAGCGUACCACCUUGCUGGCAGCUGUCCUGUGUCUCUUUGUAAUGGAGAUUCCUGCUGACUUUGUAAUGCGGAUCUACUGAAGGACUUUGAAACUAUCCUAUCUCUGUCUUUGUUCUUAGAAGUGAGUAUCUUAGUUAGCUAUACUAAACAAUGUCUUUAUUUUAUCUGUCCGCAAGAUACAAAAGAUGUGCCUGCUUUUUAAGCAUGUUAACUUUGUGUUUUUUAAAAUAAAUUUAAAAAAAAGAAACUUUCUUUUGUCUUAUGUGCCAAUCUGAGGGAAAAUCUAAGUCCAUCGCCUGACUACCGUAUUUUUCGCACCAUAGGGCGCACCGGACCAUAGGGCGCACCUAGUUUUGGGAGGCGGAAAACAAGAAAAAAUUAUUCUGAACCCCAGAAGCCAGAACAGCAAGAGGGAUCUGGCUUCUGGGAUACCGUGCGGCUGUUCUGGCUUCUGGGAUAACCGCGCCAAGCCUCUUCAGGGCAGCGGGAUGAAGGCUCCCCCUGCCCGAAGAGGCUGCGCAGGGCUAAGGCAGAAGCCAGGACAGGCGUGUCGCUGAAGGGGCGCUGCGCCUUCUCUCUCUCUGCGCAGCGCCUCUCCUUCACAGGGGUCCCUUCUGUUCCUCCUCCGGCUUCCAGGACAGGCGCGUCGCUCAAGGGGUGCUGCACCUUCUCCCUCUCUGUGCAGCGCCUCUCCUUCACAGGAGAGGCACUGCGCAGAGAGGGAGAAGGCGCAGCGCCCCUUUAGCAAAGCUGGAGGCCUCCGGCUUCCAGGUCAGGCAAGCCGCCGUGAAGCCAAGGAGCCUACAUUCGCUCCAUAGGACGCACACACAUUUCCCCUUCAUUUUUGGAGGAGGAAAAGUGCUUCCUAUAGAGCGAAAAAUACGGUACUUGGUUACGCUAUACCUGAUGAGUUUCUGCCUGCAAGUUUGUGGAAGCAGCUUGCAGAGUGGGGCAACCGGAAACAAAGGAGCAUAGUCUUCUCCCUUGGACUGUGCCUCCUGGUGCCCUGAGACGAGGGAGUGGUGGCAGCAUUACCUUUUCUGUUGUGUUGUGUUUUGUCAAAAAGUAAAUGGCUGCCGGCCUCCGUUCCAGAAACCUGACCCAGCUGGAGGGUAAGGGCAGGUGAGGGAGGGGCGAGUGGCCGGAGCCCCUUUACUACAACAAAUUAUUUCUCAAUUUAUUGUUGUACAUUGUUUCAAUUGUCUGUUUUAACCAUAUUUGCACAGCAGUUUCUAAUGUUGUGAGUUGUCCUCUAUUUCAGAGGCUUCUACUCUGCAGCCUCUUAUAGUUGUUUUAACUGCAAGUCUUUUAGUUCUUAUGCUCUUACAGUUGUUUUAACUGCGUGUCUUUGUUUUUUAGUUCUUAUCUGUUUUAAUUAUCAGUUUUUAUCCAUCCAUUAUCCGUGUUUAAUCUUGUAUUUUAUUCAAAUAUUUUUGUUGGCUAUUUGCAGUUUAGUAGCGCUGCAGAGAGCUUGCUGGGGAGACCAUGCAUUAAAAAGGGACUCAAAAAUAACUUAAACAAGGUUCUAAUAACAAAAACAAAAACUCCUUAUACACUAAACACAUCAACAACAAACCAGACCCAACCACCAACCCAUCCCCCAGGGUAAUGGGAGCUAGGUGCUGCUCCUUAUAUACUACACCCAAUUGCUGACACAGCUUGAUUAACACAACUCAGCAGCACCUGCUAUGUUUCACAGCUGUAAGACCAGGUCUUGUUAUUUGCCCUGGCCCUUAAAGACAUACACAAAGCCACUUCCGGCCUGCCCAGGAGGUGGGGUUGCGGGCUUCACGCCCACCCCCACGUGAGCGGGGGCUGGUUUCAGCCCCCGCGAGAGCAGGGGAAUCCCGGCCGUGUCUGCCCUAUUUAGGGCUGGCGCAGAGGGGGCUCACCCUCUUUUCGCCAGCUAGCCGCCACGUUUUCCCGCCCUCCCUCCCUUUAGGUAGGUCUCUGACUUUGCUAUGGACUUCGGUCUGUUGCCGCAUGGGACAUGGUAGGAAUUUUUCCCAAUUGGCAAUUUACAGCCAUUUGGUUUUUCGCCUACCUCGUAGCAACUCGUCACAACUCUUCGGCAUUGGCGGUAGGCAUUGGUAAGAAGGGGUUAAGAGGAGGGGGGGGACGCCAUCACCUCCCCCCAGUGAGCGAAGGGUGGUCCGUUAAAGGACUCCGGGGGGCGUGGCCCUGUCUGAAGCCUAUGGAGGUGUGGGCCAAAGGCACGCCCCAGAGCGGUGACCCGGGGGAGCUCCUAGUCAACGUGCCUCGGCGGGAGACUCCCCCAAUAUAGUGUUAACCCUUCCCCGUGUCUCCAGCAAAUGGGCUGGAGCCGGAUAGUCGUUAGGACCAAUGCCUAAGCCAAUGCCUCUCAUUCCUGAAUUCAAUAAAGUUGUGGCCUAAUUCGCCCAUUUAACCUUAAACCAUGGUGUCUCGUGUCUUUAUUUAUCCUGGUGGGGGGCGGGAACUCGCCACGCAACUUGUGAAGCAAUAAGGAACCUUCACAUUUUAAAGUGGCCAUUCAACAGUUUUAUCCUAUGCCUGUUUCUUUGUCCUCAUUUGCUCUAACAAUUAUCAGUUAAAAAAAAAAAUCCUAACUGCCACUUUAUUUAUAUGCUCUUUCUUUUUUUUAUCCUGGUCUGUGACCAUAAUAAAGUUCAUACAAGUAGGUUCCAGAGUUAAGUCCCCUGGCCAUGGCAACCUACACUUACCUCCAGGAGUCUUCGGGACGCCAUCCUCGCCUGUAGUGACUGCGCGAAGGCCACUACAGGCGACCUCUGCCAACCUCGGGAUGCUGAGGAACCUCAAACGGUCACAAGCUCCGUUGCUAGGCAACGGCAGUUGAGAAGAUGGAAUUCCCGGCCUCAGGGCCAAGGUUCUAGGAGAGUCCGUGUGGCCUAGUGGUUAGAACAAUGUUAAUGCCAUGCAACGCUAGGGUGAUAUAUAUAUAUUCUUUGAAAUGUACACUUAAUACUUUUUCUAUUAUUUGUAUCCUGCUUUGCAGACUCUUGUUGUCUCCGAAAGAAGCUGACAGGAUUGCUCCCCUGUACUUACUUAUGUGUUUGCCGUGUACAUUUAUGAACGUUUAUUUUAUAUUUGGGGCCUUUGAAUUCUUAACUCUGAACUCUGGAUUAAUAACAUUUUAGGAAUCUUCCAGAAUGGCUAAUUCUAUUGCUGGGAAGGACUCAGUGACCCCGGUCUAUUUUAGGAGAGAGGGUGGUAUGGGGUUGGGAGCAGAUGAGAUGGAGGUGCUUGGCAGUGGGUGUGUUGUAAGCAGAAAGCGUACGCUUCAAUUCCCAUGACCCACCUCCUUCAGUUACUAGUUUCUUGGGGUUGGGGCUAAAUCCAUGAUGGGUCAGAGAAAAAUGAGCGGCGGCAGGAACCAGUCAAAGCAAGGCAGAUCUUAAUUUUACUGUUGCGACAGAGUUUCUCACCUUACAUGUUGCAUGGAGGUGAGGAGCCAAGACAAGUGUGUGUAACAACUUUUAAAGACUUGAGAAAUUGCCAAUAAUUAUUAUAAUAAUAAUAAUUUAUUUUUUAUACCCCCCCCCCAUCUGGCUGGGUUUCCCUUAGCCCAGAGGUUUUGGACUUUUUUGAGUCCACGGCUCCCUUGACCAACUACAUUCUUUCUGUGAGGCUCAGGAGCCCAGCUAUGUCACCCCUUGCCAGCAGAGCUGGCAGCCUCUCGUCCUUUUUCUGACUCCUUCCCUUGUGGAGUGUUCCUUCUUCUUCUCUCCCCUCUCUUUAGGAGUCCUCUGGACAGCCGCAGCUGUCGCCCCUUCCCUAAAGAGAGGUGUCUCCUCACGCUGCCCCACAGGGCCUGGGAAGCACCCCCUGGCCAGCUCCAGAGGCACCGUUCGCCUGGGGAGCUUGUAGCCAGGGGUGCUGCAACAAACAGCUGCACAAGCCUUUGGGAGGCAGACAUGCAAGAAGGCAUGGGGGGGAGAGAAAGAGGGACAGAGGCCAGUGUUGCUUGCGGCACCCUUGACCAUCAUUCAAGGCACCAAAGGGUGCCACAGCACCCUGGUUGAAAACCACUGCCCACCCAACAAGCAACAGACAUACAUCACAGAAAGAGGCAGCCUUGUCUCCUGGCUUGUCUCUUGUCAUGAUACCUGAGAAUGUUUGUUGGUUGCCCUUUCCUGACAAGUCUGAGCCUUUCCCUUGAAAUGGUAAAUACCUCAGCUCUUGAAUCCAUUGUCACAGAUCUACCCCUAUUUAUGUGAGAUGUUUAUAGCUUUUGAAGGAUUUGUAAGUGGAAAGAACUAUUGGGAAAGGUUUUUCCUUCAACUGCAGAGUAAAUAUCUGGGGUCAUUAAGAGGGCUUCUGGAUUGCUCUGUGAACUCAAAGAAAGUGUCUUUUUUUCCAGGGAAGAUUUUAUAAUUUUUGAAUGGUAAAGGAUUGUUUUUUCUCUAGGGUGCGUGUCUGCUAUGUGUGCACCUUAAGAUUUGUGUAACACUCAUGCCAACUUCUGUUGCCCAGCGCCUGCAAGCCCCCUACUGUGGACAUCAUAGAAUGCUUGCAGUUGUGUGUUUUUUAAACCACACCAGCCACUGCUCAUCAGCAGAACUGAGCAGCUUCUGUGAGUGAAAUGAAGAGCUGUUUCUCAGAAGGGGAAGCCCUGGGAGAGACUAGGGUUCAAAUACCUCCUUACUCAGCUGUGCAGCUCACUGGGUGACCUGGGGCAGGUUGUCAUCUUGAGCUCCUUGGAGAAAAAGAUGGGAUAUCAUUGCAGACGCCCUCAGAAGGUGGUGGACUCUUCUUCUUUGGAGGUUUUUUAUACACAGAGGUUGGGUGGCCAUUUGCAAGGGAUUCUUGAAUUGGAUUCCUGUUUUGCAGGCAAUUGGACUAGAUGCACCUUGGGGUUCUUUCCAAAUCUACAAUUCUAUGAUUUUGUUUAUGUGUCAUUUUAUUGAUUAGAUAGGAAACCCCUUCGAGACUGCUCUGAGAUGCCAGGUUGGAUAUAAGCGCCAUAAAUGAGAAAAGAGAGAGACACGUCGGCCUGUGAAUGACCCCAGGCAGCUGGCAGAAGGACUCGGACAUAGAGGCAGAGGGAACCUGGAGGCUUCAGGACGAAGUUGCUGUUAAGCACUGGACACAGUGCCGCCUGGAAAAGGUGAGUGGCCGUCUGCAAGAUCUUACAGAGCUCAUGAGAUCUUGUGAGAUUUCAGGAAGAUCUCACAAGAUCUUGCUAGUGUUGUAAACAAAAAUUGCCCUUUUCCCUUAUGGGGUAUCCAAGAGCCCAUAUAGAGUCCUUACAUAGGUUCCUUAUUGGUAGGAGAAAAUAACAGAGGCCAACCAGAGAAUAUUGAGAAGCAAAGCAGCUAGUAAGCUUGAUCUUUAUUGAUCUGUUGCAACAGGGUGCUCCCCUCACAUGCAGGAAAGGAGGAGGACCCAGAAAAAUGGUGUGCAAGGUCUUAUAAAGACUUUUGAAAUUGCCACCCUGUAGAUCAAGACCACCCCCAGAAACAUCAUACAUACAUCACAGAAGGGGUGUAACCUAAGACCACCCCUCAGAUACAUCAUACCUACAUCACAGAAAAGGCGGUCUAAACAGAAAUUUGAAUGUUGUUUUUCUCCUGUCUGGCAGGUUACUUGAUUGGAUACCCUGCUUACUAGACUGGAUUGCCUGGGGAGCCUGGCCAGUCUUUUGUAAUGAUAAAUACUUAGUUCCUGGGCCAGGUCACAGGCUCACACCCUAUUCAAACAGAGACAUACCCUUAAGACAGGAUUUGUGAAGGAAAAGACAAUGGGGAGGCUUUUCCAGUUUGACCUUGCAGAGAAAACAUUUGCUCAGUUUAGGAAUCAAAAUGGUUCCAGGUUGGCCUUCCUGUGCUGAUCUAUGUACGUACCCGGUUGGUACACUCACGAACAUUACCAUGUAUCUAAGACCUCAAAAUUCCUAUCACACUAGCCCAAUACUGCUAUUAAACCAACUAGAUUUAGUAGGAUUAUGCAUAGGGUUUCCAUGUUGGGUUGCAGCUAGCACUGUGGGCAGGGUAAGGUCCUGGCACUUACAUGAUCUCCCACUACUGACAUUGCUGGUGCUGGCAGGGUUGAGUAAGGUUGGCACAGUGCAAACACACUGGUGCAGCCAAACUCGUGCUCAUGCCAGUGUGUUCACACCACAUCAACCUCACCUCCUUCCUCCUCUACCUUCUUGUAAGCCACAGUGAUGUCAGCGUUGGGAGAUAAGCUAAGUGCCUCCCCCCCACCGGAUGGCUUAUGAUUUUAAAAGAUUCCACCUUCUCCCCAAGUAGUGUUUUCAAGCGGCCAUUGUAGCUGUGCUUUUAACAGCAGCUCAACAUGCAGACAUAGGGUGAUAUUCAAUUAUGUUUUUGGUUACUGAGAACAAACAAGAGUGUACAGAAACAAGAUUGGGUGCAGGCCUGGCCAGGACAUAGGCGUGACACACCUGUGACAAAGGUGAGCUGUGUGCUUGCUUGCUUAACAGCUGUUGGGAAUGUCAAUUUCCCUGCUCUCCCUUCUUAAUGGUCUUUAUAUUGGACCUGGAGACUCCAAUAGAGAGCAUUCCAUGUCAAGAAGGAGGGCAAGUGGGCACCCUAUCAAAUGACAAGGCAGGAGCUACACGGAGCAGGGCCUUUUCACUGGUGGUGCCCAUUGUAUGGCUUGCUCUUUCCAGACCUGCUCUCUUUUGGCCUGUAAUUUGGAGCUUUAUAAUCUAGGAAGACUUUGGAAUAACAGGUUGACAAGUCAUCAGUCACUGAAGUAUGAGCAGAUUUUAUUGGUUGUUAUUCUGGGUUUCUGGCGCACCAGGGUUUACACCAGCGUAAUAGAGUUGGCCAGGAUGAAAGAAGGGAUACAAUUUCUGAGCUUUUUCCAUUGUCUGCGCAGCAGGGGCUGUUCAAUCAACAGUGCAAAGGCUGAGCUGAAGCGUUUCCUGCUGGUUACCUGCUUUCAGCAGUAGGGGUUGCUGUUUGGUAGUACCCAGUUGGUUAGUUGUCAGAUUCUAGAGCUCCCUAUUGGUGGCUCUUAGGUAAUUCCAAAAAUACAGUCCAUUAAUAAAACAGUGUUCAUUCAGAAAGCGGUAACAUAAAUCUCCAUUGCUACAUAUUGGGUGUGUAUUUCAGCAGUUGAAUGCACAGCUUUACGGCCACGCUGUAGUGUAGUGCUUAUGCAACUGUGAAUAAAAGGUGGCUGGGCUCAUUGUCCCGGGGUUUGUGGGGGGAGGUGAUGUAGCAGGAACCCCCCACCCCAAUCCUUCAGUUUGUACAAACUUCACACACUCACACUCACACACUACAUAUGCCACACUUCUGUUAUAAAUUCAUAGAAAAAUCAACCAUACAUCGGAUUUGCACUGUUCCAUUUUUAUUUUACUCCAUAUGACAAGGACUAUCAAAGGGGGGUGGCUUGGUUCUGGUCAGCCAUAAUCCCUUCACCAUCCCAGCACAUCCACAGGAGCCCUGCCCAGUUGCUAUGCCAACCCUGAUGGUCCUAGACAGAAGACCAUCAAGAUCACAAAGAACUUGCAUAUGGGAGUGGAUUCAGCAUGGACUGAAACAAAGGACAAUGAUCAGAUCUUCCCUCUGGGGGCAGGAAACUGCCAACUCCCCUUUGUCUCCUGGAAGUGACUCAUGGGCAGGGGGAAAGGAGGAACCAGCCAGGUGACAGGACACUCAGGUUACCACCACAACUCCUCCCUCAACCCCUCCUUUCUGUAAUGUAUGCAUGAUGUUUCUGGGGGUGGGCUUGACCUAGAGGAUGGGAAUUUCAAAAGUUUUUAUAAGGUCUUGCACACCAUCUUUCUGGGUCUUUCCUCUCUCCUGCAAGUGAGGGGAACACCCUGUUGCAACAGUUCAAUAAAGGCCAAGCCUACAGGCUGCUGUUUUGCUCCAAGUUAUCCUGGUUGGUGUCUUUGUUUUUGUCCAAGGGAGCCCUCGGAUUUUUCCGGUAACAGUGACAAAACUGAUUUUGAGUCUGUACUCUGAAUAGUGACACCAGGGACCUAGACGGUGCAGGGCUUGUCAGUCCAACCCCUGCACAGACUCAUCAGGGCUGGCCUUAAGGGAAUUGGAACAAUUGGGCCAAAUUGGGCCCUGGGGGCCGCUCCUAAAGGGGCCCCCACACCAGGGCAAUCUAGAUGGAUUUAUUUAUAUGAGAUUUUGCAGACUUUGGCUGUGAACUGGGGCCCUACAAAAAAAACUAAAGUUGGGCCCCACUUCCUCAAACUGGGCCCCCACUGGCUAGCCCUGAGUCUCAUAGUUGCUGGGCCUGAGUUUCCCUGCCCUUGCAUGAAGUCUUGGGUUUCCAAUUUUGAGAGAGGGGAGACUGCGGCACUGGGGAGAUGGCAGGCUGCUGAGGCCCCCUAGAUUUAGAGGCCCAAUUUGCCCUGCCCUCGCAUGAAGUCUUGGGUUUGCAAUUUUGGGAGAGGGGAGGUUGCCUGCUGGGGAGCGGGCAGGCUGGCCAGGCCCCCUAGAUUUAGAGGCCCUAGGAUUCAGCCUACUUAGCCUAUACAUAAAUCUGGCACUGGCUAUAUCCUAUACAGGAGCAGGGCCAUCUUCACCAUUGGCACUAGGGGUGCACGGCACCAGGGUGCCGGGCUCUCAGAGACACCAGGCGGAGUCUGGGGCCGAGCAUUGGAGUCCAGGGAAGAGCCGCCGACAGCCAAGCAGAGCAGAGCCCGUCGGAGUGCCACCGGCUCUUCUUCUGCUCUUCCCCAGACGCCAACACUCACCCCUGAACUCGUGCUGAGCCGCAACAGCAGAAGAGCCCAUGGCUCCCCAACAGGCUCGGCUCUUGGCUCUUGCCCCAGCUGCAUGGCAGCUAACUGUUUUGGCACUGCACCCAGAGUGCCGUGUAACGUUGUGGUGGGAUCUGCCAUGCGCCAACAGCACUGAAGGCAGCAACAAAACCCAAUGAAUAGGAGCAUACGGAUCCGGUCUGGAGAUGUUGCCUCUGAUGCCGCUUGCAUUCCCCAUCGUUCUGCACUGGCACCCCAUGUUGGACGGUGCUGGGAGCGUGCGCUGACAGCCAAGGAACCCGCAGCUUGGCACACGCAACAGGAUGCGUUGCACAGUGCCCACAAUGUUACACGGCACUCCGGGUGCUUCAUGCGCAGCCAAAACAGUUAACUGCCAUGCAGGAGGGGGCAGCAGGUGGACAGCAUGGCGACUGUGCAUGCUGCCCGACAUUUUGUCCCCCCCCAGCAUGGAACCUGCACCCCCCUUCGUACACCCCUGUGCCUGGGGUGCUGGCACCCCUUUUGGUUGGCGCUGGGAGUCCCUGUGUCCCACAACCGUUCUAAAGGUUCUAAAGGUAAACAACUAUUUCUUUUAAAAAGCCAACAACUUUGGGGUCCCCCACCCCUAAAAAAAGGUCAACAACAAACCUCUUCUGAUCAGCAAGUCCUAGGCUCUGUGGUUUAACCCACACCGCCACCCGCGUCCCUAAAGUUAAGAUACUGACAGGAAUAUUAAUCUGAGAAACCAUAAACUUGUUAAUGUUUGUAAAAUAAACUUGGUUUUUUGGUUCACUUUUAACAGCUGACUGGACUCAGUGUUUUACCAGAGAGUAACUGGUUGGUGGCAGCAGGGAAGCGAGCACAGUGGUGGCACAGGGAUCAAUAGACCAUUAAACGUCCGGGGACCCUGUGUGAUCGCCACACCUCUGAACACCAGUUGCUGGAAAUCAUAGGGAAGGAAAGGGCUCCUGUGCUCAGAUCCUGCUUGCAGGUUUCCCAGAGGCAUCAGGGACUAGAUGGGCCCUUGGCCUGAUCCAGCAGAUGCCCUUCUUAUGUUAAGGCCUUUUAAAAAACACAAUAUAACAUUGCAACCUAUUUCUGGAUCGCACUCACAGUGGGGAGCAGGCAUUUGGUGAUGUUGUAACAGAGCUUCGGUUGUCAGCUGCCCUCUCUGGAGGGUACCCUCCUUGCUGCACCUCGCAAGCAUCACCCUCUUGGCAGGAACAUCAGGGAAAUUUAGUGGGCAGCCCCUGACAGGAUUGGGAAGCACUUAACCCAAUGGAGAGGGUAGGCUCAAGGAGGGCACAGGGUUGGCUAUAAGGGCCCUCACUUCCCUCAAGGAUCUCCUUGAGGGUUCGUUGAAGCCUUCCCAGAAACUCGGGCCAGGACGUUGUGCUAACAAAUACACCUAAGAACAUGGGCAUAUCCAAUUAUUAAGUUGGUUGGGUUCAGAAAAGCAAACACUUUUCCUCUCUUCUUUUUUGUAUAAUUUUUUAUUAAGUUUUUCUAUUUCACCUUUUAGAAUAUUCAUUCAAACAACCUUAAAAUAUCAGUGACUUCCCUCCUUCUCUUUCCACGGUUCAGUUUGCUUGCCAUAAAUCCCUGCAUAUUUUACAUAAACUAAACCAUUCAGUAUUCCAUUAUUACAUCCAUCAAAACUUAUUUACACUGUUGAAUUUAUCUUAAUGCUGCCAGUGUUUUUAAGUGUACACAAUUUCCCCCCAUAUAUUCAAUAAACAUUUUCCAGUCUUCUUUAAACAUAUGUUCUUCUUGUUCUCUUAUUCUAUAAGUUAAGUCUGCAAGCUAUGCAUAUUCCAUCAUCAGUUUAAGUUGCUAUUCCUCACUUGUUUUCCAUUUUACACUUUAAGGUAAAGGUAAAGGGACCCCUGACCAUUAGGUCCAGUCGUGGCCGACUCUGGGGUUGCAGCACUUGUCUCGCUUUACUGGCCGAGGGAGCCGGCAUACAGCUUCCGGGUCAUGUGGCCAGCAUGGCUAAGCCGCUUCUGGCGAACCAGAGCAGCUCACGGAAAUACCGUUUACCUUCCCGCCAGAGUGGUACCUAUUUAUCUACUUGCACUUUGACGUGCUUUCGAACUGCUAGGUGGGCAGGAGCAGAGACCGAGCAAUGGGAGCUCACCCCAUCGCACCGCCGACCUUCUGAUCGGCAAGCCCUAGGCUCUGUGGUUUAACCCACAGCGCCACCCUCUUUCCAAAUCCCUGAAAAAGGACUUGUGGAAGGGCUGUCUUCAAGCUCCUGUAAUCUGCACCUUUGGAAUUGCUUAGAGGGGCUGGUUGAGGGGCAUGGCGUGGUUCUCACAGUGGCAUGGCAGGUGUCCUAACGGGAAACCCACAAGCAGGAUUUGAUCACCAGAACACUUUCCCCUCCUGGGGCUUCCAGCAACUAGUAUUCAGAAGCAUUUACUGAGGCAGAGCAUAGCCGUCAUGCUUAGUAGCUGUUGGUAGCCGCUGCCCAGAGCCGUCUUUCCUAUAGGGCUUAUUGGCACGUUGCGCCAGGGUGCUGGCCUCUCAGGGGCGCCCCAGUGAGUGAGGGAGCUGCGUGGCUUUGCCGGCGACCUCCCCUUUCCCUGCAUGCCCGCCAGCUGUGCCCUGUCAACCAUAUGGCUGGCUGGCGGGGAAUGGGGUAACUGUGCCUCUAAAGAACCAGGUGCGCAGCCUGGGAGUCAUUCUGGACUCACAAUUGUCCAUGGAGGCGCAGGUCAAUUCUGUAUCCAGGGCAGCUAUUUACCAGCUCCAUCUGGUACGCAGGCUGAGACCCUGCCUGCCCGCGGACUGUCUCGCCAGAGUGGUGCAUGCUCUAGUUAUCUCCCACUUGGACUACUGCAAUGCGUUCUACGUGGAGCUACCUUUGAAGGUGACCCGGAAACUACAACUAAUCCAGAAUGCAGCAGCUAAACUGGUGACUGGGAACAGCUGCCGAGACCACAUAACACCGGUCUUGAAAGACCUACACUGGCUCCCAGUACGUUUCUGAGCACAAUUCAAAGUGUUGGUGAUGACCUUUAAAGCCCUAAACGGCCUUGUUCCAGUAUACCUGAAGGAGCAUCUCCACCCCCAUUGUUCUACCUGGACACUGAGGUCCAGCGCUGAGGGCCUUCUGGUGGUUCCCUCACUGUGAGAAGCCAAGUUACAGGGAACCAGACAGAGGGCCUUCUCGGUAGUGGCGCCCGCCCUGUGGAACGCCCUCCCACCAGAUGUCAAAGAGAAAAACAACUACCAGACUUUUAGAAGACAUCUGAAGGCAGCCCUGUUUAGGGAAGCUUUUAAUGUUUGACGGACUAUUGUAUUUUAAUAUUUUGUUGGAAGCGGCCCAAAGUGGCUGGGGAAACCCAGCAGAUGGGCGAGGUAUAAAUUAUUAUUAUUAUUAUUAUUAUUAUUAUUAUCAUCAUCCCUGCAGAGGCUUAGGAUGGCCCUGCCGCUGCCUCUGUGAAUUUGUCCAAUUUUUAAAAAUCAUUUUAACGUUGACUUUUAAAUUGUUGUAACCUGCCCUGGGACCUCAGGGUGAAGGGUGGGUAAUAAAUUAAGAUAACAUCACCAUCAACAAUAACUUCAGGGUUGCACCCCUCUGCUCCCUGGAACAAAUAAGAGAACCUGAUCUCUGCUAAACAGUACGGAACCCUCCCUGGGAAUAAUGAAGAAAUGUCAAAAGAAUCGUGAUGGACAAGAGGCAUCAAUGUGGAGACUUCAACUUGCUGGAUUUCCAACUCCCAUUUCCCCUCCUCAUUGACUGUGCUGAUGGAGGAUGAUGGGAGUUGGAGUCCAACCAAGAGCAAGUGGAGUAAUCCAUGUGACCUACUCCUGAGACUGGAGGCUCCCUGGCCCAAAGGCUCAUGGGAGGAGGCUGGCAUAUUCAUUUAUUCAUUUACUUAUAUUGCAUUUCUAUCCCAUCUUUUUCUCCAAGAGCUCAAGGUGAUGUCCAUAGCGCUCCCUGUCAUUUAAUCCCCACAGCAACCCUGUGAGGUAGGUUAGGCUGAGAGGCAGUGACAGGCCCAAUGAGUUUCAUGGCCAAGGGGAGAUUUGAACCCUGGUCUUUCUCCCAAGUCCAAGUCCGGCACUCUAACUGCCACACCACCACGGUUUCUCAAAUGAUUUCGAAAUGAUUACUUUGAACCUUUCAAUCUCUUCAAGAAAGAGCUGGUCAAGGACCUGAAAAGAGGGCACCUUAACCAUGAGUAGAUAUGUUCGUCAUGAGGACAGGGUGGCCCCAUCAUAAGGACCUCACUUUAGUCCUCAGGAGACCAAUGUUUGCAGUUCUCUAAACUACAAGGGCUCUGUUCCUGGGGACAAGGGUCCUUUGAGGUGGCUUAAUGGCAAGGGCCUCCCUGGCCACUUCCGUGGAACUUGGCUUUGAAGUAUGAAGGGGUGGUGGUGGAGAACUAGGUUCUCACACCCAAAAAGCCAAGGGAAGGCCUGGCUCUCAGCCAGAUCAGCAGCCUGGAGGACUCACAGCCCACCUGGGUCAUUGCCCCUCUAGGCUGCCACAUAUCUAUCUAUAUAUAUAUCUGACAUGCUCCCUUCAGAGAGCAGGCUGGGAGCAGGGAUUGCAGACACAGCCAGGCUAUGGAGAUCAAGGAGACGAUGGAAAUUGUCACUCAAGAAGCUCUGCUCCGAGCACCAGCAGUGGUGAGUCCCUCCCUGCAUUGAGAUCGGAGUCUUUUCUUUCUUUCUUUCUUUCUUUCUUUCUUUCUUUCUUUCUUUCUUUCUUUCUUUCUUUCUUUUACGUACGUUCUGAAAAUAAAUAUUCUUAUUUUUAGCACUCUGUAGGCUGUUGCAUAUGCGUGAGAUCAUGCUUAUUAUUAUCUGCAUUAUUCAAAACAACUACUUUAUUUAUUAAGCUGCAAACAUAACAAGACAACGACAAUGAUGGAAACAAUAAGAACAUUCCACCAAUCCUAAUUUAAAUGUAUAUGUUUAUCUAGGUAGCUCCAAAAAGUUAUCUAAUUAAGACCGAGGACUAAAUACAUCAUUGGAGAUGCUACCUAUUUAUAUUUUUAUUGGGUUUUGCGAGAUAAAUGAAACCAUGCAUCACAUUUUACAAACAAUAACAACAAAAACUAACAUACAAAUGGGAAAGUCAGUACUGAGAUGUAUGAAUCAAUCAGAGAAGUGUAGAAUUGGAAGGGGACUCAAAGGGGUUCUCUAGUCCAAUCGCCUGCAAUGCAGGAACCUCAGCUAAAGCGUCCAUGACAGGUGGCCAUCCAGCCUUUGCUUAAAAACCUGCAAUGAAGGAGAGUCCACAACCUCCUGAGGAAGUUGACUCCACAAUGUUAUACAGGUAAGUAUAAUCGUAUCUGGGUGUUUAAAGUGUUGUAUUCCUCCAGAAGUCCACAUGUCUUUUUUCAGUCUAGGUUAGGGUUACCAGACGUCCUCGUUUCCCGGGGACAGUCCCCAGAUUUGCGAAUAAGUCUCCGGACAAAUUCCAUCCCCGUAAUGUCCCCGGAUUUCAUCUAAUGUCCCCGGGAAACGCAGCAGCGGCAGUCUCAGCAGCCCAGAGCAGUUGGCUCUGGCUGGCUUCAGGAGCUGCUCAGAAGUCCCCAUGUGAUGGUGGUGCAGGGGCUCUAAGAUGCAGCUUCCGGGCUGCCUCCACCUUCCCUGACCCCAGCAACUCAGCUGUGAAGGGAGGCUUCAUGCUGCCUAUCGGAGCAGCCUCCCAACUCCUACUUGCGUGCAAGCAGGAGGGGGCAGGGAUCUCUCAGUUAGGCAAUGGGAAACCUCCCUUCCCAGCUGAGGGAUCCCUGCCCCCUCCUGCUUCCACACAAUUAGGAAUGGGAUUGGGGAUGCUCCAGUGACCUCGCCACCGCUGCUCUCGGCCCUCCUUCUCCACCUUCCAUGCCUGACCCACUGCGCACCGCUUCCCCACCACCACCACCACUGAAGAACCAACAACUCAGGGGCUGCCCAGGCUCAUGGACAAAGGAGAUAUAAGUCUUGGAGGAAGAGAAAACAUGGCAGUUGAGGUCAAGGCGGCGGCCGCCCCUCUGCCACCACCAUCGCUGCAGCAUCAAUGUCCCAAACGUGUAGUAUGUACCGUAUUUUUCGCUCUAUAACAUGCACCAGACCAUAACACGCACGUAGUUUUUAGAGGAGGAAAACAAGAAAAAAAAUAUUCUAAACGAAACAGUGGAUGUAUUAUUUUUGUGGUUCAUGCUGUGGCCACAGACAUGUGAUCUGACAGUGAGUUUGGAGUAGCCCAAUGCAAAAUUCCUGAGGAUCCAUGUGGAUCCAUGCUUUGUAACCACGUUUUUGCACCACUGCGACCCCAGGCAACAGUGGGUGCAUGAUUUUUUUGGUGCAAGAUGUAGCCAUGGACAUGCUAUGUGAUCUGAUGGUGAAUUUGGGGUGACCCAGUGCAAAAAUCCUGAGGAUCCAUGUGGAUCCGUGCUUUGUAACCACGUUUUAAGUGGGGAGGGAAGGAAAAGCACUCAAGGGACAAGGAGCAUGCAUGGGGUGUGUGGAGAAGGAUGCUGCUAAUAAUGCUAUUUAGUGAGCUGAGUGGGGAGGAGAGAGGAACAGAGAGCCUGCUUGCUUUAAAGGAGCCAACCAGACAGGAGCCGCUUACCUCUCCUCUCCCGCUUUGCUCCUUUAAAGCAAACAGGCUCUCUGUCCCUCUCUCCUCCCCACUCAGCGGCUCUUCUCCCGCUUUGCUGUUUCAAAGUGAGCCCCGGAGGAGGGAAGGAAGGGGAACCAUGGAUCCUCUGCUCACGACUGCAGCAGAUCCCCCCGCCAUCUGUAGGCAUUCCCUCCAUAACACGCACAGACAUUUCCCCUUACUUUCUAGGAGGAAAAAAGUGAGUGUUAUGGUGCAAAAAAUACGGUAUGUAUGUAUGUAUGUAUGUAUUUAAAGUGUCCCCGGAUCAUUGAAAAAAAUCUGGUAAGCUUAGUCUAGGUAAGGAAUUCUGCAGGUUCUUUUCCUUUCAUAACUCAGAGAUCUUCACUGAAGGUUUUUAAACAGAGGUUAGAUGGCCAUCUGUCAGGGAUUCUUUAGCUGGGAUUUCCUGCAUUGUGAGGGGUCAGACUAGAUGACUCUAGAGGUCCUUUCCAACUCUAGUUCUGUGAUCUACACUGCAGUUACUACAGACUUUAGGGUACCUUUUUAAAUAAGCAGCAGUGCAGCUUGAGCAACCGAGAAAACAAAGACAACUUCAGGUCAGUCUUAGAGUCCUGUGUGUUAUAAGUAACACCGGCUUCCUUUAGUUGCACCCACUUACAAGGGAGUAAUCCCCACUGAACUCACUGGGACUUGCUUCUCUGUUGGCAUGUACAGGUUUGUGCUGCUAGGGACUCAGGAAAUACUGUAUUUUUCGCUCUAUAGGAUGCACCCGACCAUAGGACGCACCUUGUUUUAGAGGGGGAGAACAAGGGGGAAAAAAAUCUCCCCCACUCUGCUCAGCGCCCCUUCAGUGAAGCGGCAGGAGAAACGCAGCCCCUUCCAUUUCUCCUCCCGCUUCGCUGAAGGGGCGCUGCGCAGCUCUCUCUCUCUGCUGAAGCCAGGAGAGUCUUGCUCUCCCGGCUUCAGCAAAAGGAACCUGAAGCCUCCGGAGCACAGCGGGACCUCCCGCUGCGCUCCGGAGGCUUCAGGCGGCUAUCCCUGUAGCCUGGACAGCGAGAGGGGUCGGUGCCCUCCGCUCUCCAGGCUUCAGCGAAACAACGCAAAGACUCCGGAGCACGGAGGGAGCGCUCCCUCUGCGGUUCAGAGGCUUCACGUUGCUAUCGCUGAAGCCAAGGAGCCUGCAUUCGCUCCAUAGGACGUACACACAUUUCCCCUUAAUUUUUGGAGGGGGAAAAGUGUGUCCUAUAGAGCGAAAAAUACGGUACUUGAUCUUGGCUGAGGAUUGUGCAAAACUGUGUUGCAACAUCUCGUAUCCAUUCCACCCAUUUCUACAGUACCAGGGGGCCUCCAGACACCCUUUUCAUUUCACAGUCAUGAUGAUUUGUGCUCAUGAUGCUUCCCGGGUGGUCACACACAAUCCCGCUUUCAAUACUGUGACAUGCCACUCCAAUCUCUGAGCAGUGAGACGAUCCAGGGUUUCCAGGUGCUUAACCAGGUUUAGCUUCCUUGGAAGGAAGGUCAGGCAAAGACAGUUGUGCCUUUAGAAUAUAUGGUGUCAUUUACAUCUGAACAGAAGACAUUCACACCCAAACAGAUCUUGCAUGUCCUUUAGCCUCAGCCUUGGAACCAGUACAGAACAAGCAGGGCUCUGUGCUGCCAGUUCCCAGCCUGCUCCCAGAUCAUCUCUCUCUCUCUCUCUCUCUCUCUCUCUCUCUCUCUCACACACACACACACACACACACACUGGCUCAUUCUUUUGGGAUGCUGAUGAAGACCCUCAACUUGCCACCUAUGGCCAUAUUGUCUUACAAUAAACCAGUUUCACGAGAUUUUGAAUAAAUGUGCAACUAAUCGUUGCUGUUUUGAAUUUUAUUGUGUUGUUUUCUUCCUUAGUGGUUAACAUAAACUGUUACGUUCAAUCACUCAAUAAACCUUUAUGGGCGUACACAGAAGACUGGAAUAUAUGCAUCGAAACAUAAAAUUGGUAUCUGUUCACAGGAGGAGAUGCUUUAAGAUAAAACUAUACAGGCCUAGCAAGGUUGAAAAGUACCACUCAGGUCUUAUGACGAUGUAGUUUCAAGGCAUGGGUAGGCAAACUAAGGCCCGGGGGCCAGAUCCGGCCCAAUCGCCUUCUGAAUCCGGCCCACGGACGGUCCGGGAAUCAGUGUGUUUUUACAUGAGUAGAAUGUGUCCUUUUAUUUAAAAUGCAUCUCUGGGUUAUUUGUGGGGCCAGCCUGGUGUUUUUACAUGAAUAGAAUGUGUGCUUUUAUUUACCGGUAAAAUGCAUCUCUGGGUUAUUUGUGGGGCAUAGGAAUUCGUUCAAUUCCCCCCCCCCAAAAAAAUAUAGUCCGCCCUGCCCCCCUCCCACAAGGUCUGAAGGACAGUGGACCGGCCCCCUGCUGAAAAAGUUUGCUGACCCCUGGUCUAGACUGACCCACACUCCAACCCAAGUUGGCAUUUAUUUGGGAUCUGUGAAGCACCUGAAAACAAGUCUCUGCAUGUAUCACACCCACUCCUCUCUCCCCCUGCAAGGACUACCAUGCACUGGACCCGGAGUUUGUGGGCUGCCCCUGCUGCGGCUGCUGCCCCGACUGCUGCGGCUGCUGCCCCGACUGCUGCCCCAGCUGCUGCCCCCCCAGCUGCGCCUGCUGCUGCCGCUGGUGCUGCUGCCUGCCCAGGCUCCUGCUCCACCUGCCCAAGAUGCCCAGCUGCCCCGUGCACAUCAAGAGGCUCCUGAUCAUCGUGGUGAUCGUCGUCCUCAUCGUGGUGAUCAUCGUGGGUGCUCUCCUGAUGGGCCUCUACGUCACCCAGGCGCACACGGAGGCGGUGAGCAGAGCGAGGAUGCCAUGGGACGUUUAGGGCAGGCGUUGUGGGACACCAACCAGCACGGCCAACGUUCAGGGGUGGUGAAGGUUUUCAGGGGGUUGACCUAGGUGACCCAUCCAACUCUACAAUUCUGUGGUUCUAUUUCCCCCCCUCAAUUUUUUUUAUUAAUUUUCCAGAAUUUUUUUUUAAAACAAACAGACAUACAUCUCCACCGUAACUAAACCGAUCUUCAUAACAUUGUUAAGUGACUUCCUCGUAUCCCCCUGGUUGAAUUUCAGUGUAUAUCAUUUUAACGGUUUUCCAAAACCUAAAUUCUUAAAAAUUUAACUUAAUCACUUAACAUCUUUCUUUCUUAACCAUUCAACUUUAAACAUAUUAGUUCAUCACAUUACAUAUUUAAAUCCUAAGCCUAUCUGGUAAUUGCGAGCUUUCCAAUUAAGUUAAUUUAACAUGUUUAACUAAAUAGUCUUUAAAUUUCAUCCAUUCUUCCUGGUAGUCCUCCUCCUUCUGGUCGCGGACUCUUCCAGUCAGGUCAGCUAGCUCCGAAAAGUCCAUCAUCUUCACCUGCCAAUCUUCCACUGUUGGUACUUCUUGUGUUUUCCAAUUCUUAGCUAAUAAAAUUCGAGCAGCAGUUGUGGCAUACAAAAAUAAUUUAACAUCUUUCUUGGGCUCUACAAUUCUGUAGUUCUAGGCCAGGCGUAGGCAAACUCAGCCCUCCGGAUAUUUUGGGACUACAACUCCCAUCAUCCCUAACUAGCAGGACCAGUGGUCAGGGAUGAUGGGAAUCGUAGUCCUGCCAAAACAUCUGGAGGGCCGAGUUUGCCUACGCCUGUUCUAGGCUGUAGUACCAACAAGAUCAGCAUUAGGAAAGGUGUGAAAUGAGCGGAGCCUAGGACAAAAUGUUGCAGCGUGAUGUGUUCCUGUUUGAGGCUCCAGCCCGCCAUGACCUUUUCCAGGAUAUUCCAUUACAUAUCCUCCCCUGGUUUUCUGCCUGCCUGUCCUCCAACCAGCAGUGAAAAUUCAGUGUCCACUAAGCAUGCUUAGUUCCUACCCACCAGGGAGGCAAUCAUACCUCCGCAAACAGUGGGGUUCUCCAAGUUUGAUGAUACUUCUAGCUUUUUGGCACAGAUCGUAGUCUUUUAGCUGCGGAAGUCUAGGCCCUUGGUCAGUGAGUUUGCUAAGGAUUGGGGCCCGCAGCAAGGCAGGGGAUGCUACUUCUGGGAGUGGUUGUUGCUGCAGGAUGCUGGGAACAAGGCACCUCUUGUCAACACACUCCAUCAUUUGCAGGUUUUGCAGAUGACCAUCGAGGGCCUGGAAGGAGAAGACUCGCAGCUGAACCUCUCUGUCAAUAUGGAAGAAGUGGCCACUUUCUAUGUCAAGGACCAGACUAACGACCCAGCCACAGUCAUUUAUGACUUCAGCAAGGUGAGGGGCAACUGGCAAGUGAGUUGUGCCACAUCUACACUGCACCAGGGCAUAGCCGACUUCCGCCGCAUCAGGCUGUUUAUACUUUGCUUCUGAAUGCUCAAAAGCCGAGCCACCAUUCUCCACCCCACAGCAUUUGCCGCCUGAGGCCAUCACCUCACUUUGCCCAAUGAUAGGGCCAACCCAGGCUGGGUGGGAGCCAGAUUCGCAAAUUCAUGUAAGAGAAUUUUAAGGAGAGUUUUACCUGGCAACUUUUAGCUUUAGCACAGAGGGAUUUUACAGUCUGAGCUGACCUAGAAAACAAAGCCACCUUCCUUUCAGACAUUGCCUUUUUCUUUUUGGUACAGAGUACUGGCACACACACACACACACACACACACACACACACACACACCCUUUUUGCUGUCCAUGGUAGUCAUUUUGACCUAACAUCCACAGUAUUUUUAUCAAGGUGUGAGUACAACCAACACCUCCAUUUUUACCAAAAAAAGAGCACACCCAUUUCCAUGCCAUCCAUAGCCAAACCUGAAAACUGCUAUAAGAACCUAAGACAGGCAUCCCCAACCUUCGGCCCUCCAGAUGUUUUGGACUACAAUUCCCAUCAUCCCUGACCAUUGGUCCUGUUAGCUAGGGAUCAUGGGAGUUGUAGGCCAAAAUAUCUGGAGGGCAGCAGGCUGGGGAUGCCUGACCUAAGAAGAGGCUGCUGGAUCAAGCCAAUGGCCCAUCUAAUCCAGCAUCCUCUUUCCCCCCCCCCAUACCGCUUUAUAUUUUUAAUAAAAAUCUCAAAGCAGUUUACAGCAUAUUAGAUCAGGGGUCAGCAAACUUACAGCGCCUCGGGCCAGUGUCUCCAGCGCUGAUCACACAGCGGGCCAAAGGGCAGGGGAGCACAUGCCCAUACGCUAUUUCCGGCGCACUUCCGGGUCGGAGGAGCACCGGAAAUAGCUUGUGCGCAUGUGCACGGGCCUCUUCCGACCCGGAAGGGCGCCGGAAAUAAUGCUUGCGCGUGCGCAAAUAACACUUGUGCAUGCGCACAAGCUAUUUCCAGUGCUCCUCCGACCCAGAAGUGGGCAGCCGUGCAGCACAGUGCCAGUAAGUGUGGGCAGUGGCAGUGGAUGGCGGGGGUCAUUGCGGGCUGGAUAAAUGAGUCCCUCGGGCCUUAUCCGGCCCACAGGCCUUAGUUUGGGGACCCCUGUAUUAGAUCAAUCAAUAAAACAAUAGCUGGGUGAUGUUCCUCUGGCCUCAUGAGGAGCCUCUUCAAUAGGGCUGGUUGAGUGUGGGCCACAGUGUGUCACAGUGACCAACCAGAUGCCCCAAAAGGAAACCCACAAGCAGAAUUCGAUGACAAGAGCAAUUUCCCUUCCUGUGGUUUCCGGCAACUGGUAUUCAGAAGCAUUGCUGCCUCUGACUGUGGAGACAGAGCAGAGCCAUCAGUAGCCCUCUCCUCCUCCAUGAAUUUGUCUAACCCUCUUUUAAAGCCAUCCAAGUUGGUGGCCAUCCUGUGGGAGGAAGUUCCAUAGUUUAACUUUGCGCUAAGAAGGACUUUCUUUUACCUGUUCUGAAACUUCCAUCAUCCAGUUUCAUUGGACGCCCGCAAAUUCUAGUACUAUGGGAGAGGGAGAAAAGCUCUUCUCGUCCACUUCCCCCCUGCCUUGGCAUUUGACUGUGUACAGUGGUACCUUGGGUUACAUACGCUUCAGGUUACAUAUGCUUCAGGUUACAGACUCCACUAACCUAGAAAUAGUGCUUCAGGUUAAGUAAUUUGCUUAAGGAUGAGAACAGAAAUCGUGCCCCAGCGGCACGGCGGCAGCAGGAGGCCCCAUUAGCUAAAGUGGUGCUUCAGGUUAAGAACAGUUUCAGGUUAAGUACUUAACCCGAGGACCACUGUACAUACUGCAGAAUAUCUUUUAUAAACAUAUAUAUAAUUUUUAUCAGUUUUUCAACAUAUCAUUUUCAACAAUAAUUAAACGUACUUUUACAUCUUAUCCAAUUUUUGACUUCCAUCAAUCACAUCUGAAAAUUUUCCAAUCUAUUCACUUAAUUUACAUUUCUUAUUUUCACUAUUACUUUUAAAUCUCAUAACUAAUAUCUCUUUUCUUUCUCUUCUUUGCAAUAUUUCAUAUAUUUCUCCUUACAAAACUUCUUGUAGUCCUACUAGCGUAAUUUGUUGAUUACAGUUGCUCUUCAAAUAAUUUGUAUAUUUCUUCCAAUCUUCUGUAAAUCUCCGGUCCUGCAGGUUUCGAAUCCUUCCUGUCAUUUUAUCCUAUUCUGCAUAGUCCAUUAAUAUUGUCUGCCAUUCUUCUUUCGUCGGUAUUUCUUCUUGCUUCCAUUUUGCAUUACCCAUCGUAAUACCUUUGAUAUUCUGCAGAAGCAAUGGAAGCAUACUGCUGAAUAUCAAAGGUAUUACACUGGGUAAUGACAUAUAACUGAAAGGACUUGCUCUGUCUGCUCCCAGUUGCUGAUUGGCUACAAACCUUGGCCCGGACAAGCCUGCUAUGUCACCAGGAUGGACAAGGAGAACAUCCAAGGCCUGGACACGAUCCUCAAGGAAUUCCAGGUGAGGGUGGGAACCUUGCUGAAGGUGGAAGUGGUUUGAAGUAGAGCAGUGGCUGCUCCAUUUGGGCAAGAGGGGCCCUGCCCCACAAAACUCAGCCAGCCCUUACUCGCUUCCCCCUGACAACCAGGCCAGGGGGGUAGACCUGUCUGUCCAUUUCCUUUGUCUCAGUGUUGCCCUUUGUAGAACUCAGCAGGGAAGAGGAGGGGGAUGUGGACAGAAGUGGGAAGAGUCUGCUUUGCCAGUCAUUGGCUCUAGCGCCACCUGCUGCUGGCCUCCCUGCCUUCCGCCCCAUUAGUUCCAAGGAGCACCAGCCACUGCUGGGUUAGGAGCUCUUGGACCUCCAUAUCCAAAAGCCUUUGUGGGUUGAGGGUGGCAAAUGCACGGUAGGCAGAUGAUGAGCAGGCAGUGGUGGAGUCAGAGAUGCGCUCACUUCUUCUUCCACGGGACUCUUCUUACGAAGGACAGCAAAGCAGUUGCAGUAGUUCAUGUACUGGUGACUUCAAGUCUGGACUACUGCAGUGCGCUCUAUGUGGCGCUUCCUGUGGCGAUCACACAGGGUCCCCGGACGUUUCACUGUCUAUUGAUCCCUGUGCUACCACUUUAUUUCUCGCUGCCACCACCCAGGCCCUACCUGGUGCAAUACUGAGUCCAGUCAGGGUUAAAUUGGAACAUAAACUUCUGUUUAUUUAUUGCAGUUUAACAAGUGUGUGGUUUCAUAAACGGCAUCGGUCAAUUACAAUCAUGGGGUGCCUAUCCAGACCUAUAACUUCCUCUACCUGCUCUCAUUCACUAAACCACCUCUCAGAUAUUUACCGUAUUUUUCGCUCUAUAAGACGCACCAGACCACAAGACGCACCUAGUUUCUGGAGGAGGAAAACAAGAAAAAAAAUAUUUUGAAUCUCAGAAGCCAGAACAGCAAGAGGGAUCGCUGCGCAGUGAAAGCAGCAAUCCCUCUUGCUGUUCUGGCUUCUGGUAUAGCUGCGCAGCCUGCAUUCGCUCCAUAAGACGCACACACAUUUCCCCUUACUUUUUAGGAGGGGAAAAGUGAGUCUUAUAGAGCAAAAAAUACGGUACUUGUCUUCCUAGCUCCUAAAUGUUCCUGACGUAGCUUAUUUGACUACACUAACUCAACCUACCCACAGACUCCAUCCCAAUUCACUCCCACUCCAACCAACCACCCAACUCCCAGAGCUGGUUUUAUAGUCCCUCUGACUCCAACCCCUGGGUUUUGAUUGGAUAACCUGUUUAACUAUUUCACCUCCAGCACUCUCAUAUGUUAACAUCAUACUUCCCUUGCACUUGAUCCAGUGGCGUAGGAAGAGGGGUGCCACCUAAAUUAUAUAAUUUGGCUUUUGAAUGAUUGGUAUUUUUAAUGGUAUUAUCAUUUGGCAUUGUUAUAAUGAGGCUUUUAUUGGAUUAUUGUAAUUGAAAACUAAUAAGAAUUAUUUAAAAAAAAAAAAAAGUUUAAAUACUAAAACAGAUUAGCAUUACCUCAACUUUCUAAGCAACUGGGUGGGCUUGUCUAAACAGGAAUUUUUUUAGCAUGCACCAAAAAGAGUGCAUUUAUUCAUGAAAUAAAAAAUAACAAAAUAACCUCGCCUGUCUUCUAGAGGGAGAAGGAGGCAUUCCUGACAACUCUGGUUGAUCGCUCCAUCCUGGGCACCACAUUUAACAUCCUCUGCAGUCACGUUCCAGUCUUUCAGACUUAGUGAGGUGAGUGAUGAAGAAAGGUGUGGAUUAGAGACUAGAGAUGCUCAGAAAUUGAGGAUAGUUAUAACUUCAUGCCCUAACAGCUUCCACCGAGAUACACGAGUGCUGUGCUGCAAAUUUCUCUGACCCUUUCCCUUUUUUAACCAUUUCUCUGUUAACAAGUGAAAUAUACUCAGAGUCGAGAGUGGAUUUCAUGCUGUUUAUUCAGCUCAUAGUGGUGAGGAGGAAUGGAAGUUCCCCCAGAAUAUCUGCUUUAUAUACAUUAUUUACACAAUGGGCCCCACGUGAUUGGCUAAUUCCAGGAUUCUCCUGUAGGCCAAUCAGGUUGCGGAUUCACUUCCACCUGGAGCUGAAUUGGGUGGCUCCUGUGGACCAAUCAGACUGCUGCAUUCUGGAUCCUAUUGUUCUAGGACCAAUCAGACUGCUGCAUUCUGAAUCCUAUUGUUCUAGGACCAAUCAGACUGCUGCAUUCUGGAUCCUAUUGUUCUAGGACCAAUCAGACUGCUGCAUUCUGGAUCCUAUUGUUCUAGGACCAAUCAGACUGCUGCAUUCUGGAUCCUAUUGUUCUAGGACCAAUCAGACUGCUGCAUUCUGGAUCCUAUUGUUCUAGGACCAAUCAGACUGCUGCAUUCUGGAUCCUAUUGUUCUAGGACCAAUCAGACUGCUGCAUUCUGGAUCCUAUUGUUCUAGGACCAAUCAGACUGCUGCAUUCUGGAUCCUAGUCAACUCAGUACGUAACAACAAGAAAGGAAACUGAUCCAAGGGGAGAGAAAAUGUCAGUGAAAAUCUUGAGUGAGGGGUGCAGGGUUAGGGGUCAAACUUCCCUCGUUUCUGUGUCAGCCCAGAAACUGUGAGUGUCCCUUCCGUUGUCCUACAAAUGAUCCCACCCAUGGCCUGUGCUUUGUCCACCUCCUUGGCUGCCCCCUUGUGGGCCUCUGUUUCGGAUCAGGAAAUGUAGGCACCAGGGGAGGCUGCAGCCGUGUAGAGGAAAGAAAGCUCUCAAACGCCCUGAGACCUGUGAGUAUAGGAUAGUAUACAAAUUUAUUAUAAUAAUUAUACUAUCCCAACCUUAGCAACCUAAGAAUCAUAGAAUUGUGCUCUGUGCUGCUUUCAGCAUAUAC